GAAGUUGGCCGCGCUCUCCGGUCGCACCUCUAUAAAUCUAUCAGCCUCGUGCCACAACAUUGCGUAGGCGCGUCGAGUGUCCGAUAUUCUCCCGUAGAUUCCCCGGCCCGGCGAGUUAUUUCGAGUCGGGCGAGCCUCCGCGGUUUAAACGCGAAGGAGAGGUCCGUUGAAUCGUGCGGCGCCGUGCCUCUAGCGCUUCCGCCGGAACAGCAUUGUCGCGGAUGAUCACGUGAUCGAGGGUCGACUUCUUCGUUUGUGGCCACGAGGUUUUGUCGUGAAAAUUGAGUUUACUGGGUGGAAGAGGCCCCCUAUUUUUGUAUCGGUACAAAAAUGCCCUCCAGCAACCCCUUGCCACCCAAAGAAAAUGCCUUGUUUAAGCGAAUUUUGAAAUGUUACGAACACAAACAGUACAAAAAUGGGCUGAAGUUCGCCAAGCAGAUCUUGUCGAAUCCCAAGUACAGCGAACAUGGGGAGACCUUGGCGAUGAAAGGUCUCACCUUGAAUUGCUUGGGCCGCAAGGAAGAAGCUUACGAUCACGUUCGAAGGGGGCUCAGAAAUGAUCUACAGUCCCAUGUUUGUUGGCACGUCUACGGGUUACUACAACGAUCUGAUAAGAAAUAUGACGAAGCUAUUAAGUGCUAUCGGAAUGCUCUCAAGUGGGAUAAGGAUAACAUACAGAUCCUUAGAGAUCUUUCGUUAUUGCAAAUUCAAAUGAGGGAUCUAGAUGGAUACAAGGACACAAGAUAUCAAUUAUUUAUGUUACGACCUGCCCAGCGUGCGUCCUGGAUUGGUUUUGCAAUAUCAUAUCAUUUAUUGAGAGACUAUGAGACGGCUCUCAAGAUUUUGGACACGUUUCGCAAUUCCCCUAUGAUUUGCUAUGAUUACGAGCACAGCGAGUUGCUACUUUAUCAAAACAUGGUGAUCCAAGAGUCCGGAGAAAGCGAACAAGCUCUGAAGCAUCUCGAUAAGUACAGUGAUCAGAUUUGUGACAAAGUUACCGUAAAAGAAACUUACGGUAAACUGAGGCUCGAAUUGGGCCAGUACGCAGAAGCUGAGCAGGUCUACAAGGACCUGUUGAAUUUAAAUCCUGAAAACACAAUGUACUAUAGUAGACUGGCAGAAGCCGAAAGACACUCGACACAGGAGGAAACCCUCCGUAUGCUCCAACGGUACGAAGAGCUGUUCCCACGUGCGCUGGCGCCGCGACGAUUACAAUUGAAUUAUGCGAUCGGAGAACAGUUCAAGACCUUAGUCGACCGAUACUUACGGAGAGGUCUUCACAAAGGUGUACCUCCGUUGUUCGUUAAUCUUCGCUCCUUGUACACGGAUCAGGAAAAGGUAGACACCGUACAGUCGUUGCUCCUCGAGUACAAGGACGCGCUGAAGGCGCACGGCCACUUCAGUGACCUGGAGAAGGAGAACCCUCGAGAGCCGCCCUCGGCUUUACUCUGGACGUACUAUUACCUAGCCCAGCACUACGAUCACCUUGGUCUUACGGAAAAGGCGCUAAUGGAGAUCGACGCAGCCAUCGAUCACACCCCUACGCUCAUUGAACUUUUCGUAACGAAAGGGCGAAUCUACAAGCAUGCUGGAAAUGUCCAGGAGGCGUACAAGUGGCUCGACGAAGCCCAGAGCCUGGACACCGCGGAUCGUUAUAUCAAUUCGAAGUGCGCUAAGUACAUGCUCCGCGCUAACCUCAUCAAGGAGGCUGAAGAGACCUGCGGGAAGUUCACGAGGGAAGGAGUCCUGGCGAUGGAGAACCUCAACGAGAUGCAGUGCAUGUGGAUACAGACCGAGGCGGCGAGGGCGUACCAGCGCCUCGGCAAGUACGGCGAGGCCCUGAAGAAGUGCCACGAAGUCGACAGGCAUUUCUCGGAAAUCAUGGAGGACCAGUUCGACUUUCACACGUACUGCAUGAGGAAGAUGACCCUGCGCUCUUACGUUGGACUGCUCAGAUUAGAGGACGUACUGCGCUCGCAUCCGUUCUACUUCAAGGCCGCCAAGUGUGCGAUAGAAGUCUACCUUAGAUUACAUGAUCACCCGUUACCAGACCCCACGCAGACUCAAGAAAUCGACACCGAGAACCUGGCCCCCUCCGAGCUGAAGAAGCUGAGGAACAAGCAGAGGAAGCAGCGUAGGAAGGCGGAACUGGAGAGACAGCAGGCUGCCCAGGCUCAGGAGAAACGGGAACAGCACAACAAAUCUCGACAGCAGGCGGACUCCGACCUGGAACAGCCUACCCUGGACGAGCUCAUCCCGGAAAAGCUGGAAAGGGUGGAGGACCCCCUGGAGCAGGCGAUAAAGUUCCUGCAGCCUCUGCAGCAGUUGGCGUCCAACCGGAUAGAGACGCACCUGAUGGCCUUCGAGAUCUACUACCGUAAAGGUCGGACGCUGCUGAUGCUGCAGUCGAUAAAGCGAGCCCACCGGUUGGACGCGAACAACCCGGAGCUGCACGCCUGCCUGGUGCGAUUCCGGCAGCACGUGGCCGGGGCGACGUUGGAGGGUGCGGUCGCCGAGGUGGUGUCGCGGCAGACCCGCGACGUCUACGGGACGUCGUCUGCGGCUCAGCUGAACACGGAAUACCUCAGGAAGAACAGCCGCUCGUUGGCGCACCUGCUGCAGGGUGCGCGGAUGAUGUGCCUGCUGGAUGCGUUCUCGCAGCCGCGGGCGCUGUCGCUGGUGACGCAGCUGGAGCAGAUCGGGGGCGCCACCCUGGAGACGUGCACGAGGGUGCUGGAUGCGCUGCGCAGCGGCGAGCUAGGCCACUGCGAGGAGGCCGUCGUCCGAGAGUACGCCGCCAGGUGCCAGAAGCGCUUCCCGUACGCGACCGCGUUCCGGUCGGCCGAGCCGAAGGCGACGGCCAACCACCAGGACAAGGAGAACUCGAUCAAGAACUGAUCCCUGCAGGGGACGCCCCUCGUCGUCGAGCCGAGCCGCAGUUAGGGGAGAGCGCCGGGCCUCCGGGUUCGACGUCGAGCGCGGUCUCGCCGAGGAACCCGAGAAGACCUGAAGUUCGCCGAGAGGAGGCCGGGGACCGUUCGACCCUUCAGGGUAUCGUCAUCGUACCGCGGGGGACCGCGUGGCGCCACGAGGAUGUGCGAUGCUACGUGGGAGUGUUUCCACCUGUUGAACUGUGCACAUGGACGGGGUCUUCGAGGAUGAGGUGGUAGUAGGAGAGACUUUCCCCUUGACGCCGGGGGGAGGGAACGGGAGGACGGAGGCAGGUCGGCUCGAAGACGACGGCUGAUCGUCGGGUUGAGGACAACUGGAUCAAGAACCGAUCCCUACCGGGAGUUGUCCUCCUCUUCAGGGUACCGCGUGGCGCCACGAUGAGGUCUUCCCUGGGGUGCAGGACCACCCGCUGGACAGUGCACGUCGACGGGCUCUUCAGGGCGAGACUUCCCUCUUGAUGACUGGCCCUGGGAAAGGGAGGAGGCCGAUCGUCUCGUCCGGGCACGGGACGGCUCGGUGCUGAGGAAAGGAAGAGUCAAGUAGUUAGGAGAUCCGAAGAGACCCCACCGUAGAUCCCCGAAUUAACGGCACGUCGCGACCACCCCACGUCGAACCGCGGCACCCUUGCGUUAUCUCGAAAGUGUCCUUGGGACGUAAUCGCGGACCCGGCUCUCCGCGUCCGCACGGAUCGUGAUGAUUGUCUUUUACCGAGCGACCUCCGAUUUUAGAGAAUCCAGUCAAUUCCACGUCGGUGUCGAGGACGCGCCAGAGAGGUCCGGGUCUCGCGUCGAGGUCCGCGUCGAGGCCCGCGGGCACUCUUCAGGGUGGCCCGAGGAGGAGGCUGCGACGAGUCGGAUACUUCAACUCGUUGAACUUGAAUAGUCAACUCGUUGAACUUGGAUAGUCAACUCGUUGAGACGGAUACUUCAACUCGUUGAGUCGAAUACUUCAACUCGUUGAGUCGGAUACUUCAACUCGUUGAGUCGAAUACUUCAACUCGUCGAGUCGAAUACUUCAACUCGUCGAGUCGAAUACUUCAACUCGUCGAGUCGAAUACUUCAACUCGUCGAGUCGGAUACUUCAACUCGUCGAGUCGAAUACUUCAGCUCGCUGAGUCGAAUACUUCAACUCGUUGAGUCGCGAAUACUUCAACUCGUUGAACCUUGUAUUCGAGUCAAUUCGAGUCGUUUAUAUCGUAACGAGGUGUUUUGAGUAACUCGAGGUGGAAGGUACGGUAGGGCGAGUUAGGCUAGAGUACACGAACGUCCUUUCUAGGUUGUUACAACGUCCGUCGUGGAAGUAUAUUAUGACUUGUGGUGGAGGGCAUACGAGCGAUGUGCGUCGUCUUUGUUGUAACUUAUCCGUUGUAACGUACGUCGUUUUUUACGCUCGUGUGGCUCCGGUCUUAUUCGUUAAGGGGAUGUGAAAGUGGCAUCCAAAGGGUCGAUCAUUUAUGAAACUUUUCUAUGAACCGGGUGUACGUUUC